AUGAUACUGCUUGUGUUUGAAAGUUUCUCUUUGUUCUUGAAAAUGCUUGAUCUAUUUGCACUUGCCUUUUUGAACGGGGUAGAUGUUAUAUUUGUGUCGGAAUUUGGGGCUUUGCCGGGUGAUGCAUACCUUCACUUGAUUGUGGUCGAUACUAACUGGACAGCAAUAAUGUAUCGCAGAUCAAAUGAUAGUACCCGGAUUCUCGUCACAGCUAUUAUGGGAAUUGCCUUUGGAUUUUUUGUUGGUAUUUCGAUUUCAUCUGUGCAUCUGAAUAAGAUUAGCUUACUUUCAUCACCUGUAGAGAGUUCUUUUGAUGUACCUGUGGCCGAAGAUGAAAUAGACAGAUUUUCGGCUGAAGUAGAAAGAUCUCCUGCUGUUAUUGAUGAGUCUUCCGGAACCAAAAAUCUUGAAGUCUUAGGGUCAAUUAAAUUACCAAAGAUAUUUGUUGCAUCAAAUCCUCGUGGAGCUGAAUCACUUCCCCCUGGAAUUGUUGUAUCAGAAUCUGAUUUUUAUUUACGCAGAUUAUGGGGUGAACCUAGUGAGGAUCUGAAGAAAAAGCAAAAGUAUUUAGUUACAUUCACUGUUGGUUAUGAACAAAGGCAUAAUAUCAAUGCUGCCGUGAAAAAGUUUUCUGAUGAUUUUGCAAUUUUGCUCUUUCAUUAUGAUGGUCGGACUAGUGAAUGGGAUCAAUUUGAGUGGUCAAAGAAUGCAAUCCAUGUUAGUGCAAGGAAACAAACUAAAUGGUGGUAUGCUAAAAGAUUUUUGCACCCUGACAUAGUAUCAGCUUAUGAAUAUAUUUUUAUUUGGGAUGAAGAUCUUGGAGUGGAACACUUCAAUGCAGACAAGUAUAUUCGUUUAGUGAAAAAAUAUGGUUUGGAGAUCUCCCAACCUGGUCUUGAGCCCAAUAAAGGAUUGACAUGGGAGAUGACAAAAAGGAGGGGUGACAAAGAAGUUCACAUGGUUACAGAAGAGAAACCAGGCUGGUGUAGUGAUCCACAUUUGCCUCCUUGUGCUGCAUUUGUAGAAAUUAUGGCACCUGUCUUUUCUCGUGAAGCUUGGCGUUGUGUGUGGCACAUGAUUCAGAAUGAUCUAGUGCAUGGAUGGGGGCUGGACUUUGCUCUUAGAAGAUGUGUAGAAGUCAUAUUGUCGGCAAUGAUGGGAGGUUUAAUAACAAAUAAAGAUCUUGAAAACAGAAUUGAUGGGCUAGAGAGAUUAAUGGCAUCCUCACAAGAAGAAAAUUCGAGGAAUCACCGUGAUAACAAGAAAGCAUUCGAGGAAUCGCAAACAAGUCACAAAGCCGAUAUUGACUCGAUAAAGAUGAUGAUGACACAGCCAGCACAUGAAAAAAUUGGUGUAAUUGAUUCACAAUGGAUUGUUCAUCAAGUAAUUCCUUCUCUCGGUAGCCAGGGAGAAGCUGACAAAGGAAAAAAACCUUGGGAUUCGGUCCGAGCUAGAUGUAAAAGUGAAUGGGCCCAGUUUCAAGUUCGCCUAACCAAUUCUGAUAAGGCGUAUCUUGAAGGACUUAAACGGAAUGGGAAGAGUUGA